AGUUGGGGACUGCAGGUUUCUCUGCUCGUGAAACAUGUUCAUCUAGCUGUUCUGUAGGAGGGGAGGCCUUCCCCAGUUGUAGAAUCCAAAACUUGCCUGCAUGGUGCUAUUUCAUGGUGGGAAGCUGGCCACUAACAAGAAUACCCUGCCUGGCCUUAUUUAGAAAAAGAGAACUGGAGUUCUCUGGUGGUGCAGCAGGUUAAAGACCUGGUGGUGUUGUCAUUGCAUCGGCUCAGGUCGCUGCUGUGGUGUGAUCCCUGACACAGGAACUUCCACGUGCUGCCAGUGUGGCCAAAAAAAAAGAAAAAGAACUUACGAGGCUGCAUUUUUGACCCAGAUGAGAAGGAGCUGAGAGGAUCCUGAAUGUCUCCACGUGACCGAGGGAAAGUCAAAGUUCAUUCUGCUCUUGUAUUUUGGCCUUGGCCUCAGAAAAGCAAAGGACGGUGGACAUGUCAGGAUCCUUAAACCGUGUGCAUUAGUUUGUGAGGCUGCUGCAGACCCAGACAACACAGGCUUCCAGGUGAUGAGAGUUCCCUUGGGCAGGUGGGGCUCCUCAGCCUUGUGUCAGGGUCAUGACCUCUGCUCAGCCCUCGCCUGUCAGGGGAGAGGGCUCCUCGGUCCCAAGCACAAUUCAGGCUCAGCACGUGUCCCUUCCCAUCUGUAUUUUAGCUCAGGUCUCUACUCACCACUCAGCCACUCCUAACGGCACGAGAGGAGGGGAAACUUGCGUGGAGGAAAUUCUGUCACUGCAGGAGAGGAAAACACUGGGGAGUCAACCUUUAUGUGCCUCUACUGCCCCAUGGUUAUGCCAUGACUUUUGUCCCAGGGAAAACAAGAAAAAAAAAACGGAAUGUCUAGCAUUACAUAGAAGAAAGGACUCAGGAAGCACACUUUGGUUCACUUUUCAGAGAGAAUCAGGUUCACGUUCAGCAUCAUAAAUCAGCUAUAUUUAGUAGAACCUAUUAUCCCACAUCGUAAGAGAAUGGCCCCUAAAUGGGCUGAUGGGUGAAGAUACUGUUUGCAGAAUUCUUUUGACCUGUGCUUCCUGAAAGGGCCUUGCAGGAGAGGCUGGUUCAAUGCACGACUUGAAAGGAACAGUCAUUUAGUAGGAGCUGAAGUUCCUCAGAACAACAGACAGUCCUGGCCAACCCCCCUCCCCAGGGAAACUGUGGACUUGGACCUAGAUGUUUGGUGGAGGCCACCCAUUCAAGCAGGAGAGACCAGGGACUACCACCACCAGGGGAAACUGACUCACAGGCCUGGCGUGUUUUGGAAAGUCUCUCCAAGGCAUUUGGAGACUCACAGCCUGUUAGGGGUUGAAUUGCUUCCCCCUCAAAAUCCCAGUGUUCAAGUCUGAAUGCCCACCACCUCAGAGUGUCACCAGAUUUGGAGAUAGGGACACUGCAGAGGUAAUCAAGUCUAAAGGAGGUCAUGUGGGUGAGCCCUAACCCAGUAUGACUGGGGUCCUUAAGAAGGGACAUUUGGGCAGGGGUGCACACAGGGAGAGGGCCAGGUGAAGGUGGGGGCAGAGGUGGGGCGAUGCAUUUGCAAGUCAAGGGAUAAUGAAGAUUGCCUGCAGCCCCUGAAAGUCCAGCAGAGAUUCUUCCCCAGCUCUCCCCACCUGUUGAUUUGGACUUGCAGCCCCCAGAACGAGGGGAGAACAGAUUUUGCACAGUCUGCCGUCCUUCCUUGUGGCUCCAGCCUGUCAUACAUCCCCAUGUAUUCCCUCACGAGGGUCACAGUAAUGGCGAGGACCCUGUCACCUGCCACAGGUAACAAGGUGUGUUCAUGUCACCUCUCUCAGGUCUGCCGGCCUCAGGCAUGUGCACGGCCCCCUUUAAAGUGACACCCUCCACACAUGGCUGGCAGAGUGCUGGAUUGUCACACUGAGUUGGCCCCGAUGGCCUUCAAUUACAUCAGAUGACUUCCAGGCCACUACCUCACCCCUUAUCUGUGCAACAAGAUGAAUUGUUUCUUCCACUGCUGUCAAAUUGAAUGAGAAUCUCUGAAGCCUCUUUGUUUUCUGAAUGUGAAUAGGUCCACUCUUCCAGCCCUGUCUUCCCAUGGGGUGGGGGGUGGCGCAGACAAGCACUUUGUAGAGGGAUAUUUAAUGUGACCAGCUGAGGGCCUUGGUGAGACCUCCUCUUCCACUUUCCUUUGAGGUUCAGGAGAAUUGCGGAGGCCCCAGAACUGCAGCCCAAUGGAUCCUAAACUAGGAAGAAUGCGGACAAGGGCAGAGCAACCUCUGUAAAACAAUCACCUGGGACUCUAGAAGACUUGGGUGUCAUCUGUCCUUGCCUUCCUGCUGCUGCUGGACUGGGGCAUGUUCUCCCCACCUCCCCCGCCGCCCGGGCUUCUGGGGAAGAUCUUCCAGUACAUUGAUGUCCACCAGGAUGAGUUUGUGCAGACCCUGAAGGAGUGGGUAGCUGUUGAGAGUGACUCAGUUCAGCCUGUGCCCCGCCUCCGGCAAGAGUUGCUCAGGAUGAUGGUCCUGGCCGAAGAACGGCUCCGGAGCCUGGGAGCCCAUGUGAAUGCCGUGAACAUGGGGUCUCAGAAGCUGCCCGAUGGCCAGACUCUCCCCAUACCACCCAUCAUCCUGGCCGAACUGGGAAACAAUCCUGAGAAACCCACAGUUUGCUUCUAUGGCCACUUGGAUGUGCAGCCUGCCAGACAGGCAGAUGGGUGGCGCACAGACCCCUACACGCUUACGGAAGUGGAUGGAAAGCUUUAUGGCCGAGGAACAACAGACAACAAAGGCCCUGUUUUAGCAUGGAUCAAUGCUGUGAGCACAUUCAGAGCUCUGGAUGAGGAUCUCCCUGUGAACAUCAAAUUCAUCAUUGAAGGGAUGGAAGAGGCCGGUUCUCUUGCCCUGGAGGAGCUCGUCAAGAAGGAAAAGGCUGGGUUCUUUUCUAAUGUAGACUACAUCGUGAUUUCAGAUAACCUCUGGAUCAGCCAGAGCAAGCCAGCACUCACUUACGGCACACGAGGCAACAGCUACUUCAUGGUGGAGGUGAAAUGCAGAGAUCAAGAUUUUCACUCGGGGACCUUUGGUGGGAUCCUUAAUGAACCCAUGGCGGACCUGGUUGCUCUUCUCGGCAGCCUGGUAGAUUCGUCUGGUCGCAUUCUGAUCCCUGGAAUCUAUGACCACGUGGCUCCUCUUACAGAAGAGGAAAGAAAAAUGUAUGAAGCCAUUGACCUGGACCUCGAAGAGUACCGGCACAGCAGCCAGAUGCAGAAAUUUCUGUUUGACACCAAGGAGGAACUUCUAAUGCACCUGUGGAGGUUCCCGUCUCUCUCCAUUCAUGGGAUUGAGGGUGCGUUUGAUGAGCCUGGAGCCAAAACCGUCAUACCUGGCCGAGUUAUAGGAAAGUUUUCUAUCCGUCUGGUCCCUCACAUGAAUAUGUCUGUGGUGGAAAAGCAGGUGAAGCGACACCUUGAAUCUACAUUCUCCAAAAGAAAUAGCUCCAACCAGAUGACCAUUUCCAUGACACUGGGACUACACCCAUGGAUUGCAAACAUUAGAGAUAAUCAGUAUCUUGCUGCAAAGAGAGCCAUCAAAACAGUGUUUGGGACUGAGCCAGAUAUGAUCCGGGAUGGAUCGACCAUACCCAUUGCCCAGAUAUUCCAGGCCACCAUCCAGAAGAGUGUGAUGAUGCUCCCCUUGGGCGCCGUUGAUGAUGGCGAGCACUCUCAGAAUGAGAAAAUCAACAGGUGGAACUACAUAGAGGGCUCUAAAGUAUUUGCUGCCUUCUUCCUAGAGGUGGCUAAGCUGCAUUAAUCAUGGCAGGAACCUUCCGCCGGGAUCUGAUCUGCUGACAGGUUCCUUCUCCCACAACCCUGGGCAGGAGCAGAAGAAAUUUUGGUCUGAAAAUAAUGUUUUCCCUCUCAAUUAAAAUGUCCUUGGUUGUGAGUCUGUGACUCACCUGGAGCACCAAAAAAAAAAAAAAAAAAAAAAAAAAUUAAUAAAAAUAAAAUAAAAUGUCCUUGGAGGAGUUCCUGUUGUGGUGCAGCAGAAACGAAUCCAACUGGGAACCAUGAGGUUGCGGGUUCUAUCCCUGGCCUUGCUCAGUGGAUUAAGGAUCCGGCGUUGCCAGGAGCUGUGGUGUAGGUCCCAGAUGCGGCUUGGAUCCCGAGUUGUGCCUAUGGUGUAGGCCAGCAGCUGUAGCUCCGAUUAGACCCCUAGCCUGGGAACUUCUAUAUGCCUAGGGUGCGGCCCUAAAGAGACCAAAAAAAAAAAAAAAAAAAAAGUCCUUGGAUAUUUGGACCAAUAAUAAAAUAUUUCCAAGGUAUAGGCAUUGGAACUAGAUUAAUGUCACUGUUGCAUGCUUUUCUCAAGUUACAGCUCCCUUUAACAACCCGAUUUCCCCAAGUCCUGCUGCAUCACUCUAAAAUUGGACUCACAUGUACUUUUCAGGAUAACGACAAAUCUUUGAUUAGCUACUCUCCUUGCAACUUGAUUGGCAUCAUCACUCCAGUUUGUGUUACAGGCUCUGAAGUGCUCAUGACACAUAAUCAGCCCAUCUGUGACUGUCCAUACUGUAUCACCCUUGCUUUUACCAUGUUCCUUUUUUUCCACCACUGCCUAUCAUGACUUCCCCCAUGAGUUCACUUUCAGGAGUUACUAAAACAUGAUACCAUAUUAACCUCUUGGCUUUCCCUUCAUUUAUUUUUCCUGCUUCUUCACUAGUUCUGAAAUGAUCAGUAUUCAUGUCCACAUGGCAUCUGGGAUCCCCUGUGUGCAGAUAACUACUUUUAUACUUCCAAGCCCCUUUACCUUUGCUGUGAUUGAUGCCAACUGCCCCUCCUGCAUUCUGUUCUUUCUUCCUGCUGCAUCAGUAAAGGCCUGCUCACUCUCUCCAGCAUCUGUGCACAUGUAAAUUCGCCACAGCAGAAUUAAUCCUGAUAGACUUUCUCUCACUCCAUUGGAAUUUUACUCAAUGCCUACAUCUAAGUUGCUCAAAGCCUUUAAUAGCAUCUGUUUUAGAUAGAGAACUAAUCAACCCUGACAUCAGUAACACAUUCUAAAUUUAAAGCCAUCAGCUAAUGCUGCAUUCAGUAAUCAUUUUCAUUAACCAUCUUGUUUGGCUUGAUUGGAUUUGAUGGUGUAAACAAACAAAAAAUGCAGUUUUUCUACAGUUAAGUAAAUGUAAACAAA